AUGAAGAGUUUCACCACCUUGCUCGCUGCAGUAGCAGCCCUCCUGCCAUACUCUCUCGCCGACGCCGUCCCCUGGGAACGCCUCAACAAAAACGACUCCCUCUUCGUGAUACUCGACCUCCAAGUCGGCCUCUACAGCCUCGCCCGCGACUUCGACGCCACGCUCUACUACAACAACAUUAUCGCCCACGCGGCCAUCGGCCAGCUCUUCGACAUCCCCGUCGUGCUGACGACCUCCGCGGAAACCGGCGCCAAUGGACCUUUGCCGAAAGCGAUUCUGGAGAUGUAUCCGGAUGCGCCGUUGAUUCAACGUCAAGGGGAGGUGAAUGCGUGGGAUAAUCCGGCGUUUCGGGAGGCGGUCAGGGCGUCGGGGAAGAAGCAGAUUAUUAUGGCGGGGAUUGUGACGGAUGUUUGCACCACUUUCUGCGCGCUGUCCCUCAGGGCUGAAGGCUACAGCGUUUGGGCGAAUGUCGAAGCUUCGGGCACGACGACUGAGUUCAUUCGGGAUGUCUCCAAUGAUCGCAUGGCCAACGCCGGCGUCCAACUCGUCAGCCUCUUCAGCAUCAUCUGUGACUUGAUGCGAGACUGGAGACACACGCCAGGAACGCCCACGGUCCUGCCUUGGUUGGCGAAGUACUAUCCAGUCUAUGGUGUGUUGGCCGAAGCGCAUGGUGGUGCUGUGCUGAAUGGGACUAUCUCGGAGGGCGAGGCGGUACUGUUGCCUUAUUAG